AUGAUCAAUUCCAGUUGCAGCAGUGCUAACAGUAGCUGGUGCAGCAGCAGCAGCAGUCAUCAACAAUACGGGCAAGAGCACACUCUGAGUCCCACUGGUCACCUGAUCAUAGCCAUAUGCCUCGGCAUCAUUGGGACUUUGGGUUUCUUGAAUAAUCUUCUGGUCCUGAUCCUUUUCGGCCAGAAUAAAGUGCUGCGUUCUCCCAUUAACUGGUUGCUGAUGAACAUUUCGGUGAGUGACUUGAUGGUGUGCAUUUUGGGCACCCCUUUCAGCUUUGCAGCCAGCAUGCAGGGGAAAUGGCUCAUUGGGCCGGCUGGCUGUGUGUGGUAUGGCUUUGUUAACACCUUCUUUGGGACGGUGUCACUUAAUUCCCUGGCUGUGCUUUCAUAUGAACGAUAUUGCACAAUGAUGGGAACAACCAACGCAGAUGCCACCAACUACAAGAAAGUAGGGAUGGGGAUCUUUGUGUCCUGGAUGUACUCUUUAAUCUGGACCUUACCACCUCUGUUUGGAUGGAGUAGCUAUGGACCAGAGGGACCAGGGACAACAUGUUCAGUAAACUGGCAUUCAAGGGAUGCCAACAAUGUGUCUUACAUAAGUUGCCUCUUCCUCUUUUGCCUUGUCAUUCCUUUUUGCAUUAUUGUUUACUGCUAUGGGAAACUAUUGUGUGUCAUAAACAGUGUAGUAAACAAAAAAGUGGCACAAACAAGAGAGCAUCGUGUCCUGGUCAUGGUGGCUGUGAUGGUCAUUUGCUUUCUGCUUUGCUGGCUACCUUAUGGGAUUAUGGCACUGAUUGCAACUUUUGGGGAACCAGGUUUAGUUACUGCAUCUGCCAGUAUAAUUCCUUCCAUCCUUGCAAAGAGCAGCACAGUCUACAAUCCAGUUAUCUACAUAUUCCUAAACAAACAGUUUUACAGGGGCUUUUGUGCUUUCCUGAAAUGUGACAAGAUGCCAAGCAGCUCCAGCAACAAAUGUUCUUCAAAAUCGACUUGACUGUGUUGGACUGUCCAGAGAUUACAGGCCAACAACUUCACCUUUGUGACAGCUUCUGCAGGACAGCCUUCCUUAGGGUAUCAAGAAGCAGCCACUAGCUUACAGAAUCCCAAACCAACCCCAGACAAAACCUGCAAAGCAAAAUAAACUUUGUUGCUUGUAGCUCACUACAGCACUUAG